UUGCAUGUCGGGGAGCUUUGGAGAACAGAAGAUCUCCAGCCACCGGGACGGCCUCCAUCGCCAGCGUGAUAUUCAGCAGGAUACGGCAUACCGCAGGGUAAGAAUACCACGUGCGUGCCUAUUGCGACCCGUCCCUCCUCGGCGAAGAAGUCAGGAUAUGAAUGAGGCCUACAAGUGUAUGAGGGUAUCUAUCUAUCGUUCGUUCGUUCGUUCGUUCAAGUAGUGGUGGACCAACCAGUAGUUGGGAUUGAGCAACUAAGCCAUCGAGGGCGCCCAAACAUCGAGUAGUCGAAGAAAAGAUCAACAUCAUCGGGAAGACGAGGGUAAUCUCGCAUUACUUCAAGUUCGGGCGAGCCUAGAGAAUUGCCAAAACCACCAACCAGCAGAUCCUCUUGGCGUAAGAAAGGUACUUGAACGACGACAAGCUCGGCCGAGAGAGCGAGAAGAGCCACCACGAGGACGGGCAGAAUUCAAAGUCAAAUCUCCUCACGAAAACACAACACACACACACACAUGCAAAUCAAGUCUUGUGAGCUCCUUGGAUCGAGACACAUCCCAAUCAAACGUACUCGGUGAUGGAACAAUAUUGAACACGAGACCAACGACGAGUUCGCUCAACAAAUAGUGAUUUAUACGAGUCAGAGGUGAAAUUGGUGGUUAUUUUUCAACGCUGGAAGGGCUCCUGCAACUCUGGGAUUAUCGACCACAAAUUUCGAAGGUCAGGCCUAUUACUUCCCGAGGACAUGAUGAUCUUAAAACCAAGCUUUUGAUCUCAAUCUGACCAAUAAAAAUCAAUCCAGAUGUUUAGGUGGACGAAAGACGAUGGAUAGCACAGCUUUUGUGUCAUCAUCCCUUGUGACUUCCUCUCGAUCAUCAACGUCUUUAAUGUCAUGCUCAUCUUGGAACCACGUGUCUCGUCCUAAAGGCUGGUCAUUGACGUUAAUGUCUUUGGUUGGGAUCUCGGUGAUUGGUUUCCUCGUGAGUCUCACUUCAGCUCAAGACAUCCUCAGUGAAAACAACUUCAUCGCUGACCAUGACCAUGACUUUGGAUGUGGAUGCAUGGAAUACUGGAGUUGCAUAACACGGGGAGGCAAUCCUUAUAGUUAUUGUGGAAUUCACGCCCACGAGGUGUGCUGUUUCGUUCCUCGAAAUGCAGAACCCAUUGGCAUCCUUCCGACUCCGAGUCGAGCCCGUUGCGGAAAAAAGGGUUUUGAUGCGGGCCACGAAGGAGAGGCAGACAUGGCGGAAUGGCCGUGGCAUGCCGCUAUUUUGGAAAAGCCCCAAGACUUGUAUGUAUGUGGAUCUACUCUGUUGGACGAGUCUUGGAUCUUGACGGCCGCUCAUUGUGUGGAUGACUAUUUGCCAUUCGUGUCGACAAUCGAUCAAAUCCUGAAGGUUCGCUUGGGCGAAUAUGACGUGAGUACAACAGCCGAGCCUCUUCGGCACGAAGAAUUCAACAUCACCAAUAUUGUCAUCCAUCCGGGAUUUAAUAACUCCACUUUGGUGCACGACAUUGCUCUGCUCAAAUUGGAACGCCCAGCUAAAAGAAAGCAGAACAUUGACGUGGUCUGUAUGCCCAAGCCCGGCGAUUUUGACCAUCAUGAGAAAGGCGACGAGGCCUCUUCGGCCUCUUUCGCUCGAAAUCGAGCCUCGUCAUCGCGUCAACAUUCUCACCACAGUACCAAUGGAUCCAGUGGUGAACAUCAGUGCUAUGUCACCGGAUGGGGUCGAAGAUCAGAGACGUCAGAACAUUCCUUGGUCCUGAAAGAAAUCCACGUUCCACUCUGGGAUCAUGACAAUUGUAAUGGAGCUCUUCAAGCGCAAUUUGGACCUGCUUAUCACCUCCCAGAUACGGCCGUUUGUGCUGGAGCAGAAGGUCGCGAUGCCUGUGAUGGCGAUGGAGGUGGACCCUUGGUAUGCGAAAAGAAUGGUCAAUGGUACCAAGUGGGCAUUGUGUCCUUUGGCAUCGGAUGUGGUCGCCGGAACGUACCUGGCGUGUACACGCGCGUCUCAGCUUACGAAAAUUGGAUCGAGGAAACGAUCUUGAAAGAAAAGAAGCGAACUGCCACCUCCCGAAGACAAGGGCGACAAAGUCAAUUUGGAGGAGGCAACGGAGAACUCCGGCAUCUAAGAGCCCGUCGUUUGAGCCCGCUAGCUCGAUGAAUGGACAGCACACCACGAAAUAAGACUUAUGCCCAUCUCCGUCCACUUCCGCCUUCUUCCAUGUGUGUGGGGGGUUAAUCUUGGGAAAUGUGCGUGCACCUGCUGAAUUCUACCCUUCUCUCUCUCUGUCUCUCUUUCCCUCUCUCUCUCCCUUGGUGCUGGGUUGUUCCAAAAAUUGGGAUCGCUGGACUGAUUACUUAAACCGAAAUACGUGUCACGGGACGUGAUUUCCCGUCGAUGGAGCGUGUUCCAUGAGUGCAGACGUGCUACUACACACUUUAUUGUGUGAGGGAAGCGGACCAAUCAAGCAGGAGAGAGAGACCAAUACCAUAAUCAACAAUAAAGGCAUUUUAUGUACUGUACUUUCUAUUGGUCGCGACUGCCGGAUUAUUCUCUGUACUAUUCCAUAUGAUCUGAUCGAAUGUCCCGUACCUGUUGAAGAGAAUACCACAAAGCCAGUUUCUUGAGGAGGAAACUUUUGGAGUGAACGUGUUUUGAAUCCUGCGAACUGAGAAUUCCCUGAAUUGACUGAGGACCGAAAUCCUACAUCCUAUCUUUUCCACACAAUGAGGUGGGCUCGCUCCACAAUUGGAGACGAGUUACGGCGGCCAUCCAAUUCCAAAACAAGUCAAACCUUCGUUUGUUUGAGACUAACGAGUUCGCAGAAAUGACGCGCAAAUCGGGUCUCCGUGGCAAGCUACUAUUCAUUCAUACUUACACAUGAUGUAUACAUAGGUUAUUACUAUUACUACCACUAAUGAUUCUGCUAUUGUAAUGAGAGGCAAACCAGAACUACAAUGACCAUUGCUUUCUCCCUUCCUACAUUCCUACCACAGUACUUCGACAAUCAUUGUGAGCAAAUAAAGCCUUGCAUGAACUGA